GGGUUUGGAUGGAUGUGGAGGUUGAUGGUUGGUUUAUGCUGUUUGUAUAUGAGUUGGGAUUUCAGUGUGGGUGUGGGCUGGAUUGAAGUUGGGUGUUGUUGUUCGGUGUUUGGCUGGAUCGAUUUUCGGUGGGUAUUGUUGUUCGGUGCUGGGUGUUGUUGUUGGGUGGCUGCUGGGUGUGUCAGGCAGGUUGCUGUGCAGAUUUUUGGGUGUGUCAGGCAGUGUGUCGCUGGAAUUUUGUGUCAGUGGGAGUGGCUUGUGUUUUUGGCUGGUUUCUGGGUGGUUUAUUGCUGCUGUUUCUGCUGCUGAAGGUGCUGUGAUGCUGCUGUUUCGGUGGUUGGGCUGCUGGAGUGGUGGCUGCUUGUUUAUGGGUGGUUUAGGGCUGUCGCUGAAGGUGGAUGGAGGCUAGGAUUAGAGCUUGGCUCUGAUACCAACUUGAAAUAUUUGAAAAUUGAAAGGGAUACCCAAACUAAGAGUGGAGGCCAGUAUAUAUAGUCAAACAAUAGUAUAAAGUGACCUGAACACCCCUAGGCAAAACAUAAAAGUCAUAGUAAUGGUAAAGAAGAUAAAAGAAACCCUAAUAGGCUAGACUAUAACUCCAACACACGUGCUCUAUGAAAAUUGGUUAUUUCAUUGGAUUUUAGAUGUAGCAGUUUAUAAUUGCUUACCAUCUGGAAAUUUGAACUCCCGGCAAUGCUAUUUCAACGAAAGGGGACAUGCCAUUUUUCUCUCUUGAAGAAGAAACACUUAGACAACUGUGAUGGGUUGACAUUACUUCAUCGUUCAUGUAGGUAUCAGUUUAAAUACCCUCGUCCUCCAAAACCCAAGGCGCCACGAAUAUAUGAGGCUCAUGUUGGAAUGAGUAGUUCAGAACCACAUAUAAACUCAUACAGAGAGUUUGCAGAUGAUGUAUUGCCUCGUAUUCAGGCAAACAACUAUAAUACACUUCAGUUGAUGGCUGUGAUGGAGCAUUCCUACUAUGCAUCAUUUGGGUAUCAUGUUACAAACUUCUUUGCUGUGAGCAGUAGAUCUGGAACCCCUGAGGACCUAAAGUAUUUGAUUGAUAAGGCACAUAGCUUAGGUUUGUGUGUCUUGAUGGAUGUCGUUCACAGCCAUGCAAGUAACAAUGUCACUGAUGGCCUUAAUGGCUAUGAUGUUGGCCAAAGUUCACAAGAUUCUUACUUCCAUAUUGGUGAUCGAGGGUAUCAUAAGUUGUGGGAUAGCAAACUGUUCAAUUAUGCCAAUUGGGAAGUUCUCCGUUUCCUUCUAUCCAACUUGAGGUGGUGGCUGGAGGAGUUCAAAUUUGAUGGAUUUCGAUUCGAUGGAGUAACUUCGAUGUUAUAUCAUCACCAUGGAAUCAACAUGACAUUUACUGGGAACUAUAAUGAGUAUUUCAGCGAUAUGACAGAUGUUGAUGCUGUGGUUUAUUUAAUGUUGGCCAAUUAUCUCAUUCACAACAUUUUGCCUGAUGCAACUGUGAUUGCUGAAGAUGUAUCUGGCAUGCCUGGACUUUGUCGGCUUGUUUCAGAGGGAGGAAUCGGUUUUGACUACCGCCUGGCAAUGGGCAUCCCUGACAAGUGGAUUGAUUACUUGAAGAACAAGAAGGAUGAAGAGUGGUCAAUGAAAGAAAUAUCAGGGAGUUUGACAAACAGGAGAUAUACUGAGAAGUGUAUAGCUUAUGCAGAGAGUCAUGACCAGUCUAUAGUGGGCGACAAGACUAUUACUUUUUUCCUAAUGGACGAGGAAAUGUAUUCUGGCAUGUCUACUUUGGUAGUUGCUUCUCCAACUAUUGAGCGGGGGAUUGCACUUCACAAGAUGAUUCAUUUCAUAACGAUGGCACUAGGAGGAGACGGAUACCUUAAUUUCAUGGGCAAUGAGUUUGGCCAUCCCGAGUGGAUUGACUUUCCCCGAGAAGGCAAUGGCUGGAGUUACGAAAAAUGCAGACGCCAAUGGAACCUAGUGGAUACAGAUCACUUAAGAUACAAGUUCAUGAAUGCUUUUGACAGAGCCAUGAAUUCGCUUGACGAUAAAUUUUCAUUCCUUGCAUCAACGAAACAGAUAGUGAGCAGCACAGAUGAAGAUGACAAGGUCAUUGUUUUUGAACGUGGAGAUCUUGUCUUUGUGUUCAACUUCCAUCCAGAAACUACGUAUGAUGGGUACAAAGUUGGAUGCGAUUUGCCGGGGAAAUAUAGAGUUGCCCUAGACAGUGAUGCCUGUGAAUUUGGUGGUUGUGGCAGAGUGGGGCACGAUGUGGAUCAUUUCACGUCUACUGAAGGAAAACCAGGAGUCCCUGAAACAAACUUCAACAACCGCCCCAACUCCUUCAAAGUACUUGCACCAACUCGUACAUGUGUGGUGUAUUAUAGAGUUGAAGAAAGCUUAGAAGAGAUCAGUGCUGAGAAGUCAGUCAGUGUCAAUGAGCCAGAUUUAACACAUCCCGUGGACCCUGAUGAGAAUUUUGUAGAACCAACUUAUGUUGAAGAGGAAGAUGUUGGCCCAAAAGAGAUGGGAGGUUUAGCCGUGGAAGCAAUGGGAGAAGAUGAAGAGUUAGAUGACUGA